AUGUAAAUUUUCGUUAAGACUUUAACUGGAAAAACAAUCACUUUAGAUAUUGAGGCCUCAGACACUAUUGAAAACGUUAAGGCUAAGAUUCAAGAUAAGGAAGGAAUUCCACCCGAUUAAUAAAGACUUAUCUUCGCUGGCAAGUAAUUAGAGGAUGGUAGAACUCUUUCUGACUAUAAUAUCUAAAAAGAAUCAACUCUACAUUUAGUAUUGAGAUUAAGAGGUGGUAUGCAAAUUUUUGUUAAGACUUUGACAGGUAAGACUGUUACUUUAGAUGUUGAAGCUUCUGAUACUAUUGAAAACGUUAAGGCUAAGAUUCAAGAUAAGGAGGGUAUUCCACCUGAUCAAUAAAGACUUAUUUUUGCUGGUAAGCAAUUAGAAGAUGGUAGAACUUUAUCUGACUACAAUAUCUAAAAAGAAUCAACUCUUCACUUAGUAUUGAGAUUAAGAGGUGGUAUGCAAAUUUUUGUUAAGACUUUAACAGGUAAGACUAUCACUUUAGAUAUAGAAGCUUCUGAUACUAUUGAAAAUGUUAAGGCUAAGAUCUAAGACAAGGAAGGAAUUCCACCUGAUUAAUAAAGACUUAUCUUUGCUGGUAAAUAACUUGAAGAUGGAAGAACUUUAUCUGACUAUAACAUCUAAAAGGAAUCAACUCUUCACUUAGUUUUAAGAUUAAGAGGUGGUUGA